AUGGCCUCUUCGCUAAUCAAAUGCUUGUUUGUGGCUGCCAUGGCAGUUUCCGCAUCGGGCGCCGCGAUCCCCCACACUGCAGCCUCCAACACUACGAACAAUGCAACACAACUUCCACUCAGCAGCGACUCCUCCUUCUCCUACGAGCUGCUCCGCACAGCCAGUCUGUCGCGCUCGUUCGGUGCCGACACUGGCGAGGUCUUGCAGGCCGCCGGCAGCAUCGUCCCCAAAGAUCUCGAGAGCUUCUCGGCGGCCUUUAGCAAGCUCGCCAACCAUGUCUAUGCACAAGCCCAGGCCAUCAAUGCCACCUUGGACCCGGUCACUGCACGAAAUGCAUUCUUCCGUGCCUCGACCUAUUUCCGGUCCGCCGACUUUUAUCUGCACGGCAACGCCUCGGACCCGCGGCUGGCGACAUUCUGGGCCAACCAGACGGCGGCCUUCAACAGUGCCAUUGCCCUGCUGGCCAUCCCCGGAGAGCGCAUCACGCUGAAGGCAUCCAGCGGCAACUUUUCGAUUCCCUGCAUUUACUACCGCGCCGAGGGAGCCAGCCCCACCGAUCCUCGCCCCACCGUCAUUCUUGGCAACGGCUACGACGGUGCACAGGAAGAGAUGUUGCAUGCCACCGGCUUUGACGCGCUCGCUCGCGGCUACAAUGUCAUCACCUACGAGGGUCCCGGCCAGCCGACGGUCCGCCGCGAGCAGAACCUGGGUUUCAUCACCGAGUGGGAGACGGUCGUCACACCCGUGGUCGACUACCUUUUGUCGGGCGCCCGGCCCGAGGUCGACGGCAGCAAGCUCGGCCUGUUUGGCUACUCCAUGGGCGGCUUUCUGGCUGUGCGCGCGGCCGCCUUUGAGCACCGCUUGGCUGCAGUCUUUGCCGUCGACGGUCUCUACAGCGUCUUUGAGCCUUACUACAAUGCGCUCGACGGUCAGGUGCGCGAUCUCUGGGACGCCGGAAACUACACAGCCUUUGACGCCGAGCUCGACUACUACCUGGCCUCCGGCCUGGCCGACACCGAGACGGUCUGGAGUCUGCAGCAGGGCGUAUGGAGUUUUGAUGUGGACACCGUCAGCGAAUUCCUGGGCAAGACCGAGCCCAUGACGCUCGACGGCCGCCUGGCCGAGCAGGUGACGUGCCCCGUGUGGAUCGGUGCGCCCUCCGAAGACAUUUUCUUCCCUGAUCAGCCCGAGAAGGUGCGCGACGCGCUGCGUCCGGGUCUAGCCAGCUACAACUGGUUGACGGCAGAGGACGCGGCGCAGAACCACUGCCAUGUGGGCGCCAUGGACCACGUCAACGGCCUGAUCUAUGACUGGUUUGACAAUGUCAUUGCCAACCGCGUGAACCGCCUGUAA